GCCAGGCAGCUUUCAACAGCUCAUCUCCAGUUUCGACAACAUAGACUCUCGGACCACAGUAAUAAUCGAGAGCAGCCCCGAUGUUUAACUCCCUUUCAGCGCGCUUUGCGCUACUUGGCGUGGCCGUCGUAGGAUUCAUCCUCGUACUACGCAAACUCUACCCGAAACCUUACCCAGGCAUCCCGUAUAAUGAGGCGUCCGCAAAGCGCCUCACAGGCGACAUCCUCGAGCUGGCCCCCAUCAUCCAGGAGACAAACGAGUUCUCCGAGGCGCUGUUUACCGUCACCACCCAGAAGCUGGGCACACCCAUCGCCCAGCUCCUGUUCCCAGGCAUCCGCAAGCCUCUGAUUAUCCUGGAAGACGCGCGCGAGAUUGAGGACAUCAUCGUCCGGCGCAGCAAGGAGUUUGACCGGGCGCCCAUGGCCAUCGACAUCUUCGGCCCCAUGUUCCCGCGCGCCUCGCUCGCCCAGUUUACGACACCCGAGCUGAAGGCCCAGAAGCGGUUGUGGGCCGAUGUCAUGAACACCGAGUUCCUGCGCAAGGUCGCGGCUCCCAACAUUCACAAGUCCACCUGCGAGCUGCUGGAGCUGUGGCGGCUCAAGGCCUCGACCGUCUUCAAGGACCGGGCCUUCAACGUGCUCGACGACUUCAAGAACGCCGCGCUGGACGCCAUCUGGGUUGCUGUCGUGGGCGAAGAGCCCGGCACCACGCGAUACGAGAUCCAGAAGCUGCGGAGCCAGCUGGACGGGAACGGAACUACUCUGGACAACAACAACAACGACAAUGCAGCCCGCCCCAUCGGCUCGUUCUUGAAGGAGCAGGUGGCCUACCUCAGCAACACGAUCGCGCGCAACUCCAACAGCCCGUCGCCCAGGCUGGCGCAGAAGCUGGAGACGUACACGCCGCGGUACCGCCGGUUCCGGCGCACCGUCAGCGGCGAGAUGCGCCGGGCCAUGAAAAAGGCCGUCGACCGGUAUCAGAGCCUCGAGGUCAGCCGCCUCGGGGACGACGCCGGCAUCGACAAGUGCGCCAUGGACUUGGUCCUACGCCGGCAGAUCCUGCAGGCCAAGAAGGCUGGUGUGGCCCCCUCGGAUCCGACCCAGGACGAGGCCAUACUCGACGAGAUGUUUGUCAUGCUGGUUGGGGGCCACGACUCAACCGCCAACACCCUAAGCUGGUUCGUGCGGUACAUGGAAUCCCAUCCCUCAGUCCAAUCCGAACUGCGCUCCAUCCUGCAGACCUCUUUUCCCACCAUCCACCUCCCGUGUCUCCCCUCCGCCUCAGAAAUACUCUCCGCCUCCAUCCCCUACCUCGACGCCACCAUCGAAGAACUCGUCCGCCUCUCGGGCACAGCAAAAGCCAACCUCCGCCAGGCCCUGGUCGACACACACAUCCUGGGCUGUCCUGUCCCCAAGGGCGCUGAGGUGUUUAUGAACUAUCAUAUCAACAGGCCAACCCCCAGCGCCGCGGCGGCGGCGGCAGAGAAGAGGAGGGGUGACGGCAGGGGGGUUGGGCUUGAGGGGCCGGCAGGGAGGGAUCUGGGGACUUUUCAGCCGAGGAGGUGGAUUGUGGUGGAUGAGGACGGGACGGGCAGGGAGAGGUUUGAUGGCUAUGCGCUGCCUUCGUUGGCGUUUGGGGGGGGGUUUAGGGGUUGUUUUGGUAGGUUUCUGAUUUCCUUUUUGCAUUUCUUUUGUCGGUGGGUUGGGUAAAAGAGUGCUGACGUAAAAUACAUUAUACAGGACGCAAAUUGGCCAUGAUGGAACUCAAGAUCAUGGUGGUGCUGCUCGUCUUGAGCUUUGAGUUUUUGCCGCUGCCGGAGGAGUACAAGUCGAUGGCUGCUAC